CCCGUGUCACUUCCCGUCGCCGCUGGCGCCUCCUGUCCCGGGCCUGCUCCGCGCGCCGGAACCGCGGGCACCGACCCCCCCCCCCGCCCGGCCGGGCCAUGGAGCGGUACCGGGGGCUGACGGACACCGAGCUCAUCGCCAUGCUGCAGCGCUACGGCAUCCCGCACGGGCCCGUCGUGGGAUCGACCCGGAAGUUGUACGAGAGGAAGAUCUGCGAAUACGAGAGCCAGCGCACCAAGCUGUCGCCCCCGGGGGGCUACUCAGAUCCCGGCACCACCGAGACCUACAUCCGGGAAUCUUACAGCUACCCCCGGCAGGAGGAGGAGCGGCGCCGCUAUGGGGCGGACGACUCCAGCCCCACCACGACGUACUCGCCGGCGCUGUAUGAUUUCCCUCGUCGUGAGGGUCGCACCGGCUACCUGGGGGAUGACGUGGACACCGAGACCUACGAAGAAUCUUCCUCCUCCUCCUCCUCCUGGCUCUAUGGGGCAGCCCCAGGUCCCCUGGGGGAAGCCACCGCCCGCCAGCCGAUCGGAGAGGCCGCAUCCUACACCCCGAGCAGGUCGGAGGAGACCGAGAGGGACGGUGUCUCCUACCAGCGGGUCUGCCGGGCUCGCCCCGCCCCGCCCCCCAUGCGGGUGGAGCCGCGCCGCGCCAUCCACCCCCUGCCCCGCGGGGGGCCGGGGGGGGCCGGGGCGGGAGGCUCCCGGCGCUUCCUGCCUCUCUGGCUGCAGCUGCUGCUCUUCGGGGCGCUCGCCGCCUUCCUGGGCUACGUGUACUGGGCCCUGCAGGGCGGCGCCGACGACAACCCCUUCGUGCUGCCCCCCGAGGAGUGAGGGGACCCCCCAGCCUGCCCCCCAGCACCCCAAGGGCCCAUGUCCUGUGUCUCAGCCCCCCCGUCCUGCCUCCCUGCCCCCGGGGCGCCCCCAGGGGUCCAUGUCCGAUCCCUCCUCCCCCCCUCACUCCCCACUCUCCCCCAGCAGCCAGGGGCCCCCCUGUCCCAUCCUGUCCCAGGGACCCUGUCCCCCCCUGGCAUCCACUGCCCCACCCAUUGUCUUCCCAAACCUCCCCCCCCAUUGUGGCCCUGCCCCCAAUUCUGCCAGCUCCACCCCCCCCCAUUCCUGCUUAGGGAUUGGGGAAGGGCCCCACAGCUGCCCCCACCUCCGGCAGGCUGAGGUCCCUGCUGGCGCCCGGCGUGUUUACGUAGGGUCUACGUUAAGUGCCUCCUGGCUCUGCCCUGCCCUGUGCCUAGCCUAAGGGGGGGGUAUUGCUACCCCAUUCCCCCCCCCUGGGUUAACACUAUGGUGGGGGAAGGGCCAUGACGGGGGGGGGGGGUGGCUCAACACACACUGCUGCCCCUGCCCUACUCCAGGCUCCUCUCUGCCCCCCCCAUACCUCCCUCCACACUCCCCCCUGGAGCUCUCCCCCCCCCCGACGCAGACCUCUGCAGGGGGGUCCCCCUCCCCUGACCCCCCCCUUUUUUUCGGGGGGGGGGAACUAGUCUGUUGCCCAGUGGUGCUGCUUAGCUUGUGCUUUUGUAAUCAGCUUGGGCAGGUGGGGGGGGGGGAGAAGUGGGGGGGGAUCGCUGCGUUUUCCUAGCCCAUGGGGUUUGCUUUUGAAACAAACCAGCCGUGUUGGAGCCACUCAAUAAAAUUGGGGCUUGUUUUGGUUGUUUUGUAAAA